AUGGAUAGCCCCGACGAGGACGCGUGGCAUCGCGUGGUCGUCGGCGCGGGGGUCGCCGGGGUGUGCUGCGCCGAGGAACUCGCGCGCCUGCGUCCGAGCGAUCGCGUCACCCUCGUCGCCGCCGACGACGCGCUCAAGGCGGUCACCAACGUCGAGCGCGUGACGCGCAACCUGGAGACGUUCGACGUGCAGAACAGGCCGCACAGCGCGCUCGCGUACCCGAACCUCGCCGUCGUGCGCGGCGUCGUGGAGGCGUGCGACCCGGGCGAGUCCACGCUCGUCGUGCGUCCAUUCGAUUCCAAUUCCACCGCGGCUAACACGACGGAGACGAUUGCGUAUGACCAGCUGUGCGUCUGCGUCGGGGCGGAGCCGAGACGCGCGCUCGACCCGUGCGAUCGAUCCGCCGACCCUCACGGCGUGUACGACGAGGCGGCGGUGGCGGUGAGGGACACGGAGAGCGUCGAGGAUCUUCGCGAAAGGUUGGGCGAAGGCGCGAGGACCGUCGUCCUCGUCGGCAACGGGGGCAUCGCGAUGGAGCUGGUGCAGGCGCUAUGCUGGGACGAGGAACCGGGAGCCGAGGGGGGUGCCGAGGGGGGUGCCGAAGGGGGUGCCGACGACGACGCGCCCACGCUGGUGUGGCUGUGCAGGCACCCGGCGAUUGGCGACGCGUUCUUCGACCGCGACGCGGCGGAGUUUCUCGCCGACGCGGUUCGAUCGAGGACGACGGCGGCGGGUGGGGUGCCGAGUGGGGUGCCGAGUGGGGUGCCGAGUGGGGUGCCGAGUGGGGUGCCGAGUGGGUCGUCGUCGACGACGACGACGAACGACGACGACGCGAACGACGGCGAACACAAGCGGCGGAGGGUGCGACGAGGCACCGGCUCUCGCGGCGGCGCCGCGGGUCCCGACUGGACCCGGCGCCUGCAUCGGAACCAAAGUUCGAAAGGUCGCCGGUUCAGGCUCCGCGUGCGCACGGACGCGUCGCUGACGCGCGUGGAGCGGGCGGGUCCUCGCGGCGGCGCGGACGACUCCAACCGAACGCGCGGUCCUUACGUCGCGGUCCUCGGCGACGGUGAGCGGAUCGAGAUGGACGUGUUGGUGUCCGCCGUCGGCGUCGACCCCGCGCCGAGAGUGCGUUGGCUCCCCGAGGGUUCGUUCCCCCGGGGCGCCGACGGGGGCGUCGCCGUCGACCGCGCGUUUCGGACGAUGGGACCCCACGGUCACGACGUGUACGCCGCGGGGGACUGCGCCAGCUGCGAGCUCCGCGAGGGGGGGCGUUCCGGCGGCGCGGCUGCGGUUCCGUGGUUCCAGAUGCGUCUCUGGUCGCAGGCUCGAACGUCCGGAACGUUCGUCGCGAGGGUCAUGUGCGGGGAGUGCGACGACGACGCGUGGGGUUUCAACUACGAGCUCUUCGUGCACAGCACGUCUUUCUUCGGCGCGCGAUGCGUGUUUCUGGGGCUGUACAACGGGCAGCUCCUGGACGAUGUAGACGAAAAAGACGUGACGACGUACUCGAGGAGGGGCGACGGAUCGUUCGCGCGGGUGCUGCUGGUUCGCGGCGUGAUGCGAGGGGCGGUGCUGAUUGGGGACGUGGAAAGCGCGGAGACGUUCGAGAACCUGAUACUGGACGGGAUCGACCUCUCGAGGUUCGGGCCGACGCUGUUGGAUCCCGAGGUGGACAUAGACGACUACUUCGACUGA